UGAAGUGGGUGCAUGCAUCGUCACCACCACACCACAGUACAAUGCGCCUGCAUCGCAGUGCAGCCACCAGGUUCUAGUAUACUUACUGACAUGGACGAAUACAGGCACCCAUGGCAUUACUCUCAGCAUCCGCGCGAAGGAUGCCGCCCAGCCAACGCCGCAGUGCGAGCAAGCCAGCCAGUUGCUGGUCUUGCCCCCACGUGUAUCGAGUACCUGAGCAUCCUUACCGCCUUGGGAAGCAUCGCCUUGUCGUCAUCUCCGAUACUAACGCUCUUGGUCAACUCGAGAGCUUCAUGCGCCAUGGGUACAUAGCCGCCGUACUCGUAUAAGAAUGCAUACACGUUCGCAGCAACAUGGCUUCUGUAGCCCCCGUCCGCCUCUCCAGUCCCAUCGACGGCCAUGAAGCUUCUCGCAUUGGCUCUUGCAGCCAGCAGCACUGCAGCCGCUGCCCAGCAAGACUUCAACAUCUUCCAACACAUUGGCGGCAAUGCACAAUGGUACCCGGGCGAGGAGACAACCGGCAUCUCAUCUGAGGUGCCUGAGAGAUGCAAAGUUGAUUUGGCAGCUUUCUUCUCUCGCCAUGGCUCGCGCUACCCGGACAGGGGGGCCUACAACGGAUGGGUAGAAUUCUCAAAGUACAUCCAGGCCGCCGGUAACUUCACCGUCACCAACCCAAAGCUUGCUUUCCUCAAGACCUGGAAGCCCGUCUUGUCCGACCCUGAGGCUCAAAUUGCCAAUUUGAGCCCAACUGGCUGGAAGGAGCUCCACGAGAUGGGAACCACCUGGCGCCUUCGUUACCCCGACUUGUACGAGUAUAACACUCCCUUUACUAUGUGGUCCAACUACUACACAUCCGGGCCCCGUGUGCGAGACAGCGCUCGUCUGUUCGCACAAGGCUUUGUCGGUCCCAAUGCCACUGACCUCACCACCAUUUAUGCUCUUAAUGCAAGCAAUCCUGCUAGCUGGGGCAACUCUCUCGCCUCCAGCGACCUUUGCAAGGCCUACGACGACGAAGGCGGUAGCCCUCUCAAACCAGUAUGGGACUCGAUCUACCUAACACCAAUUGCCGCCAGGCUCAACUCCAAGAUCUACGGAGGCUUGAACUUGACAAACGGCCAAGUCGAUCAAAUCCCAUAUCUGUGCGGUUUCGAGACACAGAUAACUGGCCGACGUAGCCCAUUCUGCGACAUUCUAACCGAGGAGGAGAUUCUGCAGUACGAGUAUGCUCAGGACCUGCGCUACUGGUACGGCACUGGUCUUGGCUCAGAUAUUGAGAAAUACCAGAUGCUGCCAGUCAUCGACAUGACCGUACAGCGCUUUGUCGAUGGUCCCAACGCAACCUACAAGACUGGCAACGGGACCUUCACUCCGCCCAAAAUCAUGGCCAACUUUGCCAACGAUGGACAGAUCAACCAGCUUGCCGCCAUGAUUGGUGUCUUUGACAGCCAGCCUCCACUUCCCGCUAACGCGUCUCUCUCCAAUCGCCUGUUUCGAUCCUCCCAAGUAGUCAAGAUGCGUGGAACAGUUGCUUUUGAACGCUUGUCCUGCCCAGCCGCUGCUCCCCGCAGCACCUACCGUUACCACCAGAGGCGUAACGGCACAAAUCCGAACGAUGUGUACAUGCGCAUCCGCAUCAACGAUGUCGUUUACCCCGUCACAGGAUGUACUAGUGGGCCCGGCUCUUCGUGCCCCUUGUCGGAAUACCAGCAAAUCAUCCAGAGAAAGCGAGCUGAGGCUGGCGAUUUUACCAAGAUUUGUAACAUGACUGAUACCAAUCUUGCUUCUCAGCCAAAGGCGACUUUCUUUUUCGACAACACACUACCUUGGCAGGUAGUUGUCAAGGCCUGACCCUGUCACCUGCAUGUGCAUGCUGUAUGGAGAAAGCUACUGAUUGAAGUGGCAACGAAAUACCUUUUAUAGUAAUACUACCACGUUUAAUGAUGACGAUUUGGAUCCUUGUGGC